AUCUCCAGCAGGUCUCUGCCCCAGUCCCUUGUUCUCUUGACAUUGCUGUGAUUGCAAUGACUGGCAUAGCCAAGAAGGACAUGCCAAACAGACCUCUGAGAGCGCGUGCCCGGUCUCCAGAUGGCAAGUUACCUUUUUGGUGGAAGCCACCCUUUGGAGCAGGCUUCAGAGGUCCACGCGGCAGAUCCCAAGGUUCCCCCCGUGGGUAUGGAGAGAGCAGCCGAAGGAUGAGCUAUACUCCAAUGCCGCAAGAACAACAAAACCAGGAAGCGAGGAAACUAGCUUCCGAGUCAGUUCAUGUGGUUUCACUGCCAUCAAGGAGUUCCCAAGGACGAAGCCAACCUGUCUAUAGGUCAUCUUUAACUAAAAGAAAAGUCACAGAGGAGGAAGAGGUGGAGGUGGCACAAGACAUAACUGUUCGAGUUAUGUCCUCUCAGUCUGUGCUCGUCACUUGGACAGACCCACUGUAUGAAAAACGGAAGAUUGCAGCAAAUAGGCAAUAUAGUGUUCGCUAUCGGGAAAAGGGAGAAUCAGCAAGGUGGGAUUACAAGCAGGUGUCCAACCGGCGGGCGCUGGUGGAGAAUCUAGUGCCGGACACUAUGUAUGAGUUUGCUAUCCAAAUCUUGGAGGGAGAAAAGGAAGGCAAAUGGAGUGUGUCUGUUUACCAAAGGACCCCAGAGGCAGCUCCUUCCAGUGCACCAGAAAAUUUGGAUGUUUGGCCACUAAAGGGGAAACCAACCUCUGUAGCAGCAUCCUGGGAUGCUCUCCCAGAGAGUGAAGGAAAAGUCAAAGAAUACAUUCUUUCAUACGCCCCGGCUCUCAAGCCAUUUGGAGCAAAGUCCAUCACCUACUCUGGAGCUACAACAUCAGCCAUAAUAGAUGGUCUGCAGGCCGGGGAGCGCUAUGUUUUUAAAAUUCGUGCAUCAAACAGGAGGGGACCAGGUCCUCAGUCUAAAGCCUUCAGUGUCGCCAUCCCAGCAGCUGCUCAUGAGGAUUCAGUUGCCCAGCAAAAGACAAAUAUUCAAGAUAAUUCAGAGGCUAAAAAAGCUGUGAAUGCUGGCUCAUCUCCUUCUCAAACUUCUGUUUCUUCAAAAGCUCAGCCGUCACUUUCUUCUAAGCAGCUGCCUGUUCAUUCACCUGUUAGUGAUAAAAAGAGUCUUCUUUCUGAAUAUAAGAAUAAGAUCUUGACUCGAGGGGUCCUAAGUAAAUCUCAGUUACCUUCUAGAAAGACAGGAGAGCUGGAACCUGAUCUCCAGUCCACAGAGGUGACAGAUGAUCGUGAUUCCUCCCAACAAGCUCCAACAUCACCGCCUAAAGCCCAGGACCAGAGGAGGAAUGUUAGACCCUUGCCCCCUAGUCGGCCAGUCCACCCUGUUCUUGCCUCAGGGAGGACUUCUGUUCGAACCCACACAUCAGAGGUGUCACACCAGGCAAGCACAGAGAAACAUGAGCCACCAGCACUGUUACCAUCAUCAGCACAACACUCUUCUGCCUCAUCUGUUCCCAAAUACACAGAUAAUGAAACAAAACAACUGAGACAAAGCAACACUAAUAUGCCUUCUAAAACCUCUUCCCACCCUCAGCUUGCCAAAAAUAAUGAUCUUGUGGGUAAUGUGGAAGGGAAGCCAGACCCCAUGCUGGUUAAAGUGUCUUCUAAAACUUCAGAGCCUAGUCGCCUUGCUUUACCAUCAAAUCAGCAGUCUGCUAUCUCUCAUGAGGCUGUCUUAGGCCAUCGCAGUAGGUCUGGCUCUCUAGGUCAUUCACAUCAACCCACAUCACAUUCCAAAUCAGCAGAGUCCCAUGCUCGCAAUAGCCGUAAUGAGUUUGACAGUGAAGAAGCAGAGGACAGAGCAGGACAGCCCAGUUCUCAGUCGCAGCAAGUAAGGCUACCCUCAGGCUCCAGUUCUCGCACGUCGAAGGAUUCGAGAUCAUCUGCGGUGGCAGUCUUGUCGCGGUCUGCUGCUUCUGGUCACACUUCAUCUCACUCUCGCUCCUCCACCAGUACCAAAUCCAGUGGAAAGGAUGUUGAUAAGAAUUACAGGGAGGACUCACAAGAUGAAAACCCCUUAUUUCCUUCUCUACCCUCUUCCCGGCAGUCUUCUUCAACAAUCUAUUCUAAGAAAAGAAAUCCUCAGGUUGAUUCUGAUUCUGACCUCAGAGAGACACAUAGUGAAAAGUCAUCCCACUCUGACUCAGGAGAACAACAGAGCCGAACAGCUGCUCCAGAAAAGCAUUCUUUUUUACAGUCUUCUCUUUCCAGACACAAGCCUGAAGAGCAGGACAUUCGAGAUGUAAAAGAAAUUCCUGCUCGAUCAAAACCAAGUGUAUCCUUGCCUAAAAAGAUGCUCCCCUCUCAUCUUCCAGUGGAGAAGACCUCCCGCUCAGAGCCUCGACAGAGGGCUCAAACCAGUCCUUCCUUACUGCAUUCAAGGGGCCGGCGCCUCCCAUCUCAUGUCCCAUCCCAAAGUAAUGAAGAAUUGCAGGAAGAUGGUGAUGAGGAGGAUGUAACAGAGGGCAGUGACAGAGCAAGCAGCCGCUCUAUGUUUCCGAAAGAGGUGUCCUCUUUCUCUCAGGGAAGCUCAAGUUCAUCUCCAUCGAAGCAACAGCAGCCAGGUUCUCAGGUACCUUCUUACAAGCCAAAACAUACUCAGACAGAAUCCAGUUCUGCCAGUGAUACAACAAAAGACAACCAGCAUAAUCCAAGGUUGUCAUCCACUUCUUCGAGACAAGCUCGUCCUUCAUUACCUGUUCGCUCAAGGGUCGCUACAAGAACAGCAUCCCAAACAGAGAAAAAAUAUGGCCUGUUGCCUUCAAAAAUGUCCAAUGCUGAACUUCCUCAAAAAGUUUCUUCCUCCUCUUCACCUAAAUCUCGUCAGUCAGUUUCUAAUGAAGAGGAUGAUUAUUUCAGUGAAUAUGAUCAGAAAGAAGUGGAAAAGAAACCCACAACUUUGGCAGCAAAACGGUCCCCUUCUGUUUCUAGAAGUAACAAAGACACACAUGAUGACACUAGUAGCAAUAAAAGAAAAUCUAUGGACACUCUUCUACCUCACAAAGUAAGUUCUGAAGAGGAGGAGAUGGAAAAAACUCCAACAUUAAAAGUGGCUUCUCCUGAAUCACCAGGAAGCUCUGCCAAAGCAUCACGGAUAACUCAGUCCUCUAACAAGCAUACCCCAUCUAAACCAAGCUUUGUCUGGCCACAUUCUUCUGCAUCUACCACCACACACACUGUUUCUCCAACAGUUUCUUCUUCUACUUUGUCUUCUCGUCAGCGCCUAUUGAACUCCAGGCUACGGAGCCCUUCCCAGCGGCAAUUCGUUAGACCUCCUUAUAGGCAAGGAAACAGUGGCAGACCAAAUCUUACAACGAAAAAUGGAAAUGGAAAUGGAAAAAUAGUCCCUGGUAAUAAUGGGAAACCAAGUGGACAGAAAGUAAUCAAUGGCCCUCAAGGAACAAAGUGGAUUGUAGAUCUUGACCGUGGGCUAGUGUUAAAUGCUGAAGGAAAAUACCUCCAAGAUUCCCAAGGCAACCCUCUCCGAGUGAAAUUAGGCGGGGAUGGACGCACAAUUGUUGAUGAAAAAGGUGCCCCAAUGGUGAGUCCUGAUGGAUUACCUUUGUUUGGACAUAGCAGAUUUAGUAAACCUGUAGCAAGUGCACAAGAUAAGCCAAUAAUAAGCCUUGGAGGAAAACCUCUGAUUGGUCUUGAAAUGAUUAAGAAAACAACCACUCCUUCAACUACUACUACAACAAUACCUACAACAACUACCACAGCAACUACCACAACAACUACAACAACUGUUGCUACAACAACCACCACCACUCCUGAGCCAACAACCACUGAACCACUCACUGAGAAACCAGCCCCAACCUGUCCUCCAGGCACCUAUGGACAGUAUGAUGAUGAGGGCAACUUGCUCUUGGGGUUCGAUGGCCUUCCAGAGUGCAAUGCAGAAG